AUGGCUAAGAUCGGAUCCAAGACCGUUACGGUCGACGUUGAAGAGCUCACUAAGGCUCGCGACAGCUUCCUCUCCAAGCUCGCCCAGCUGCAGUCUCUCACUCUUGAGCUGUCGCGCGAGUACAUCAACCACACAAAUGCGAUCCUCGGUACUGGCAACGAGGCAGAGGUUGAUCUUGUAGCGACCAUCAACACCCUCGCCGCCAGUCUGAAAGGCAAUGCCCAAGCUGCUGAUGCCGAUGAGGAGACAGGGAAAAAGAGGAAGCGCGGCGGCGGCAAACGCCACGUUGACCCUAAUGCCCCCAAGCGCACCUUGACUCCGUUCUUCCUGUACAUGCACCACAACCGCGCAAGCAUUGCUGCAGAGCUGGGUGACGACGCCAAGCCGAGAGAUGUCUCCGCCGAGGGUACUAGGCGCUGGGCCGAGAUGCCCGAGUCGCAGAAGGAGGUCUGGAAGAAGUUGUAUGCGGACAACCUCGCGACAUACCGUGAAAAGGUCGCAUUGUACAAAGCCGGACUGUCUUUCGAAAAGGAUGAUGACAACGACAAGGCAGCAGACCAGCUCCACCUAGAUGUUGCGGCUGCGGAGGGCAGCGAUGAGGAGGAGGAAGAGGAGGAAGAGGAAGAGGAAGAGCAAGAGCAAGAAUCCUCGCCCGAGCCCGCAAAAGAGCCUACUCCCCCUCCCACCAAGCAGCGUCGCCGCAGCGAGGGCAAGCCGUCCAAGGAUGUCUCCUCCCCCGUCGUCGAGAAGAAGGGCCGAAACGAGUCACCAGAGAAGCGAAGACGCGGCGCCGCUAAGAAGGACGAGCCGAGCAAGUCUAUUGGAGGAGGCGACUCGAAGCGCUCGAGGAAGAAGCGCAAGAGCGAUGUCGGCGAUGAUGAUGAGUAG